AUGGCCGAACAGACGGCCCCCACGGCCGAGCCUCGCGUGACCUUUGCGUCCGGCCGAGACGCCGCCUCCGAGGCCCCGGACCUGCGGAUCCUGCACUACAACGACGUGUACCAUGUCGAUCAGGCGAGCGCCGAGCCGGUCGGCGGGCUGGCCAGGUUUCUGACGCUGGUCAAGGAGUACCGCGGCGGCCAGCAGUACCGCGGCCAGCCGGAGCUCGUCACGCUCUUCUCGGGCGAUGCGUUCAAUCCCAGCUUGGAGAGCAGUGUGACCAAGGGCUCUCAUAUGGUGUCUGUUUUGAACGCUAUAGGGACGCAGGCCACUUGCGUGGGAAACCAUGACCUCGACUUUGGAGUCGGGCAGUUUCAGCACCUGGCCGAAAAGUGCGAGUUCCCCUGGCUACUGGCCAACAUCCUGGAUCCCGCCCUGGGCGAAGACGUCCCCCUCGGCAACGCAAAGAGAACCCACAUGAUCACCGCCUCCAACGGCGUCAAGAUCGGGCUCAUCGGCCUGGGCGAGCGCGAGUGGCUCGCAACCAUCAACAGCCUCCCGCCCAACAUCAUCUACAGGUCCGCCACCGCCGUCGCUAAGGAGCUCGUCCCCAAGCUGCGCGAACAAGGCGCCGACAUUGUCAUCUGCCUGAGCCACAUGCGCGAGCCAAACGACAACAAGCUGGCCGACCAGACCGACGGCCUCAUCGACAUCAUCCUGGGCGGCCACGACCACUACUACGCCCACAGCUUCCGCAGCGGCACGCACGUGCUGCGCUCGGGCACCGACUUCAAGCAGCUCACGUACAUUGAGGCACGCCGGAAAAAGGACAACCCAAAGCGAUGGGACUUUGACCUCUGGAGGAGAGACGUCACCUCCGAGGUGCCCGAGGACGCGCCCACGGCCGAGCUGGUGCACAGCCUGACGUCCAAGCUGCAAAAGUCGCUCUCCAAGCCCGUCGGGUGGACGGCCAUGCCGCUCGACGCCCGCUUCGUCACCGCCCGCCUCAAGGAGUCCAACAUGGGCAACUUUGUGUGCGACAUCAUGCGCUCCUAUCACAACGCCGACUGCGCCAUCAUGGCCGGCGGCACCAUCCGCGGGGAUCAGAUAUACCCCCCCGGCGCGAUCCGCAUCAAGGACAUUACCACCUGUUUCCCCUUUGAAGAUCCUGUUGUUUUCCUGAGGGUCAAGGGGCAGGCUAUCUGGGAUGCGUUGGAGAAUGGCGUCUCGCUGUAUCCUGCUCUCGAGGGCAGGUUUCCGCAGGUUUCGGGCAUUGAGUACGAGUUUAAUCCGUCAAGGCCGUCGGGCGAGAGGAUCUUGUCGGUCAAGAUCAACGGCGAGACGUAUGAGCCGGAGAAGGAGUAUACGCUUGCAACGAGAGGCCUCCUCGUCAAGUCCGAAGGCGGCCAAGCCGAGGAAAUCGUCGACGAAGAGAGCGGCAUCCUCAUCUCCACCAUGCUCCGCCAGUACUUCAUGGCCCUCCGCACCGUCGGCCAGUGGAAGAAGCUGUCCGCAAACUGGACCUCCAUCGUCGACCAGUGCGGCCACACCCAGCUGCCCUCCCAGGUGCGCCGCAGCGAGGGCGACGCCGUGCGGCGCGACCUCCAGCAGGACAAGGGCGCCGACGUGGAGGCGGAGCCCUGGCGCAGGUUCCUGCGGAAGCGUCUGGGGUACAGCAAGAAGCCUCACAACGACAACGACGACGACCACCACUUCGAUCCCACGGCGGCGGCGGCGGCAGACAGCGGCAGCGAUCACUCGGGGAGCGACUCGGACAGCCAGAUUGACCUCGACAUAUUGCUGAUGAGGAAGUUUUGGGGCCGGUGGGCGCGCAGGGCCGGCAUCAAGGCUGGGGUCUGCGAUCCCUUGAAGGAGGCCGAGUGUGCGGUGGACUGGACGAGGGUGAUUGCGCCGGUGCUCGAGGGGCGUAUCAAGAUUGUCGAGGCAUGA